AUGCCUGGAGGUUAUGACUCCAUACCGGGUGCAGGAGUUUCAGAUUGGCUUUCAGGUUUGUGGGACACUGCGGGUCUAGACGACACGGCAGAUGGAGACGAAAUCCGACUUGCCCAGUCACCGCAGUGGGGCCUCACAGUGCAGCCCAGCUUUUUCUCCGCACCUGAGGUGGUGGUCCAACAGUCGGGUCUCUGCAAGUGGAUCAGAAAACUCGACGGCACCGUUGCACUGGCGGCCAAGCCGGACAUGGUCUUGACCGUCGAAGGAUAUCUUGGAACGGGCCACACGCGAAUCGUGGUCGCGACGGCGGGCAGCGUGGCGCCACCCGCCGUGAUGUGGAAGAUCGAUGCGGAGGGACGCAUCAUGUUGGAACACUCGCCGGACUUGGGUCUGAGCGUACCAUAUGGUAAGUUCGAAAGUGGAGCUCCGGUGAUUCUCUCCAAUGUCACUGUGGCUGGUGAGAACAACAAAUUUCGCCUCAACGCUGCAAGUGGUGGCAGUUUGCAGGCAGCGACCCCCAGCAAACUCCGAAUCUCUGGUAGCAGAGGAGAUCCCAACACCCUGUGGACUUCGCUCACUGGAGCCAUCACUUACCAGCAGGGCUACAUCGCUAUUUCGCAGGCUUACCGCGACGCUGACUCCUCUUGGGCGUAUGUGACAGAGAAUCCACACCAUCCACAAAUUGCGAGCUUCGUGAAGGAGCCCUGGGGUUCCAAAGGCUUCCUUUUGAAGCUAGUGGAGGGCAAGGGCAAGGCCAAGAACGAGCCACGCUAUAUGUCUUGCAUACUGGAUCUCACGGACGACAGAAGAGACGAGAACUCAACCUGGGUCUAUGUGACCAAAAAGAGGACUCUGGCCUCCGCCUUCGAGGAGGAAUCUACCAAGGAGGGCUUGGUCCUGAAAAGUGGCAGCAGUUACCUUUGUUGCGCCAAGUUCAAAGAUCGGCCCACGGAAUUUGGCAGCGACUACACCUGGUUGUACAGUGUGCACAGCAGCCACCUGGCGGCCUGUGUCGUGGUUGAAGCAUUGCCCGACGCCAAGCAGGAGGAGCCCUGGUGGAAGGCCUUCUUACGGAAAUAUCAAAAACACAUUCAGCUGUUUCUCAUCCUCCUUGGAGUGUUGGUUGUCGUUUCAAUCAUAUUGGCGAUCUCUCAGCCUUCUCCGGCACGGGAUGACCCGCUGCAGAUUAUCGUUCCGUAUGACUGCAACCACCAGCCGGAACGCAUGUGGUCCAACACCAAAACGGCUUGGUGUUGCAAGCACCACACUCUGGGGUGCCCAACCACGGAAGCUCCGGCCCGCGCCCCUGUCGGGGGAGUGCCUGGGGUACCUGGGACUGCUGGGACCAUGUUAGCUCCAAAAACCGCGGAUGAUGAUUGCUUCACGGACGUUCUCAAUUGGCAACGCGAUUGGACCAUCAGUAAGCAGAACUUCUGCUGCGAGAAGCAUGGCAUCGCGUGCAAGGCUGCUCUGACCACACCAGCCUUCAACUGCAAUGAAGACUACCACAGCUGGACAGAGCGCUGGUCCUAUCGGAAGAAGCUCUGGUGUUGCCUCCAUCAUGAGCGCGGCUGCCCUGCGGGCGGACAGGUUCAAAGCACUUUUGACUGCGCCGCAGGCUAUGAGGAUUCCGACACCUGGGCUCAGGAGAAGAGGGAGUGGUGUUGUUAUCACGCUUCUGUGGGCUGUCCUACUUCACCAUCUGCCAAGUACAACUGCGAUGCAGGAUACACCAACUGGCUCCACGGAUGGUCUGAGGGCAAGAAAGUGUGGUGCUGCUUCCACAGUGGCCGUGCAUGCUCUGAGACGAGCAACGACAAGGCGUAUGACUGCGACGCAGGUUUCGACAACUGGCAAGUGGGCUGGUCCAACAGCAAAAUCGAUUUCUGUUGCCAAACGCAGCAGAAGGGCUGUGCUCAUGUGGUAUAG